AUGGCUGCCGAGAACGGAAACGGCGUCGCCGUGCCCCUGCUGGAGCAGUCACCUCCGCUGCUGAUCAAGAAGCUGAGCGACAAAGCCCGCGCUCCCACCCGUGGCAGCGCUUUCGCCGCCGGUUAUGAUAUUUACGCGGCCAAGGAGACUGUCAUCCCCGCGCGCGGCAAGGGCCUCGUUGACACCGACAUCAGCAUGGCUGUUCCUGCUGGCACCUACGGCCGCAUCGCCCCCCGCUCUGGCCUCGCCUCCAAGCACUUCAUCGACACGGGCGCGGGCGUCAUUGACGCCGACUACCGCGGCCAGGUCAAGGUGCUGCUGUUCAACCACUCAGACGCCGACUUCACCAUCCAGGAGGGCGACCGCAUCGCGCAGCUGGUCCUGGAGCGCAUCUACACCCCGGAGGUCGUCGAGGUGGCCGAGCUCGAGGAGAGCGUGCGCGGCGCCGGCGGCUUUGGCAGCACUGGCACGGCCUAG